AUGAAAUUAUUUGUUACGAAUCGAAUAACUGAGAAAACUUUUGUGAUAAAAAGUGCAAACUUAACUACUCACUAUGGAAACUGUGGCUUGAAGGCACACAUUACCUUAAUCAAUUACAUUAUUGAUACUGUUAAUUUACUUCUAAAGUCAACACUUAGGAGGAUAUUGAGCAGUGUAACUUGUUUCAAUAGAACACGUAAAGGCCAUACAAUAUCUACAAUCGAUUAUGAAAUAAGGUGCAUAUUGUCAUCAUCAUCUGCUAGUAACAGACUGUUAGACGAUUUCCGUUGCAACAAACGAGUAACAGACACGAAAACAGGAAUUUAUGUAGCUCAUAAUCAACUGGUUUCUGAAAGAAUUUUUGUAGGUUACGUACAGGCAUUUCAAUAA